AUGUACCAAACCGUUACUUUCCUCCGAGAAGAGUUCUUGUCCUUUCAAACAGGUCCAACAUUCAUAGCUUCGAUACUUUCUUCCACCGGAUCAUCAUCUCACAUCAUAGACUGUAUGGUACGAGACAUCUAUAGCUUUUCUUGGGAGAUGCAAACAAGCCACAACAAUGAUACUGAACCGAGGGGUUUACUAAUGGUUAUCAAUCUUUUCGCUAUGACACCGUAUGAUGAUCGUGAGACUACUGAUCGUAUCUUAAGCGUGUCAUCCAUUGUUCCAAGAUUUAGGGCUGCGGAUAAGGAUGCUAUUCGGAAGUUGGAAAAGGUGAAGGUUCAAGAUUUGAUGUCUACGACGCAGUGCACUGUUUGUUUGGAGGAGUUAAAGGAUGUUAAUCUUGAGGUUGUCCGGAUGUCCUGUAGUCAUCUUUAUCAUGAAGAGUGUAUUGUCAAGUGGCUGGAGACAAAUUGCACUUGUCCUUUGUGUAGGUACGAAUUGCCACGCUCAGAGGGUUAG